UAAUAACUUUGAGACGGAGAAUUUUUGGUUCGAAAGUCCAAAUCACCAUUCACUUCACACUCCCCCGAUCUCCGUUAUUUUCCGGCGAUCUUCCCUUAGAUCUCACCGAUCAGAUUAUUUAUACAAGCAUUAAUAGCAGUAAAGUGAGGCAUGGGGACUGAAAAUCCCAAUCAAGCUAAUGAUUAUCCAAGGCAAGCUGCUCCCUUUGCCCCUCCUCAAAGCAGCUCACCUUUUUCAUCGUCUCGUCCUGUCGUUGGAAUGCAGGCUUCUGCUUUCAGGCCGACAUCAGUCCCUAAUCCGACUGCAGUUCCUGCUCCCCCGAGUGCACCUCCAUCUUUCCCUUCUGGGCCUGUGGCUGGACCAGAGCUUCCUGGUUUUAGACCCAUGCAAGCAGCUAGGCCUGCUGCUUCUUAUGGCCCGCCAACCGGUGGACCUUUCCAACGCUUCCCAACGCCGUCGUUCCCAUCAACAGCUCAAGCACCGCCACCACGCACUUCUCCUGUUGGACAGCCUGUAUUUCCUCCAACUAUGAGACCUCCUCCUGCAACUCAGGGUCCACCCAUGUCAAAUUUUCAGAACCGACAACCACAAAUACCACCAAUGUCUAUCGGUUCUCCACCUCCAAGCGUGAACACUGUGCCUUCUAGCAAUAACGGUCCUCAGUCAGUAGAUUCACGAUACUUUUCUUCCAAUUCAAGUAUGCAGCAACCACAACCUUCGAUUGGGCCACCUCAUCCUGCUGCUGUACGGGCUCCUUCAUCAUCUGCUUUCCCUGGGUAUCCAGCUGUGCCUGUUUCUUAUCAAGGAGGUUAUGCUCCACCAACCACAUCAGGCUCCUUUACCUCUCAUCAAAGUGCUUAUGGACCGGCUCCACCCAUAGCAUCUCCUUUAGGAACGUAUGUUGGAGGCUCCUCACCGCCAACAGGUAUGUCAGGAUUGGUUGAAGACUUCAACUCACUUUCUAUCGGGUCUGCCCCAGGAUCUUUUGAUGCUGGCCUUGAUGCUAAAGCGUUGCCAAGACCACUGGAUGGUGAUGUAGAACCAAGCUCUUUUGCUCAACAGUAUCCCAUGAAUUGCAAUUCCAGAUAUUUACGGCUUACUACUAGUGCCAUACCAAGCUCUCAGUCCCUAGUUUCAAGGUGGCAUUUGCCUCUUGGAGCAGUUGUUUGUCCACUGGCAGAAUCUCCUGAAGGGGAGGAAGUCCCAAUAGUAAAUUUUGCCACAACGGGCAUUGUGCGUUGUAGAAGAUGUCGUACAUAUGUGAACCCAUAUGUGACUUUUACUGAUGGUGGAAGAAAGUGGCGAUGCAAUAUAUGUGCCAUGCUCAAUGAUGUGCAAGCUGAUUAUUUCGCUCAGUUGGAUGCCACUGGAAAAAGGGUUGAUCUAGAUCAACGUCCCGAGCUUACGAAGGGUUGUGUGGAAUUUGUUGCUCCAGCUGAGUACAUGGUGCGGCCACCAAUGCCACCAUUGUACUUUUUCCUGAUCGACGUAUCAGUAUAUUCGGUUAAAAGCGGAAUGCUUGAGGUGAUUGCACAUACUAUCAAAUCUUGUUUGGAUAAAUUGCCAGGCAGCACCAGAACCCAGAUUGGGUUCAUUACUUUUGACAGCACAAUUCAUUUUUACAAUAUGAAGUCGUCUUUGACGCAGCCUCAAAUGAUGGUGGUGUCUGAUUUGGAUGAUAUAUUUAUUCCCUUGCCAGAUGAUCUCCUUGUCAACUUGUCAGAAUCUAGAACUGUGGUGGAUGCCUUUCUGGAUAGCUUGCCUUCUAUGUUUCAAGACAAUGAGAAUGUGGAAUCUGCUUUUGGGCCAGCCCUCAAAGCAGCUUUUAUGGUUAUGAGCCAACUGGGAGGGAAAUUGUUAAUUUUCCAAAGUACUCUUCCAUCACUUGGCGUCGGUCGGUUAAGGUUGCGAGGGGAUGAUAUUCGUGUAUAUGGUUCAGAUAAAGAAAAUGCUUUAAGGCAAGCAGAAGACGCGUUUUAUAAACAGAUGGCUGCUGAUUUUACGAAGUACCAGGUUGCAGUGAACGUCUAUGCAUUCAGUGAUAAGUACACUGAUAUAGCCUCGCUAGGUACUUUGGCAAAAUACACAGGUGGUCAAGUUUAUUACUAUCCAAGCUUUCAUUCUGCCAUCCACAAAGAGAAGUUGAGACAUGAGUUAGCUAGGGACCUCACUAGAGAAACUGCUUGGGAAGCUGUGAUGCGUAUCAGAUGUGGAAAAGGGGUGCGUUUCACUUCCUAUCAUGGGAAUUUUAUGUUGAGAUCUACCGAUCUAUUAGCACUUCCGGCUGUGGACUGUGACAAAGCUUAUGCAAUGCAGUUUGCACUUGAAGAGACGUUGCUCACUACUCAAAUUGUGUACUUUCAAGUUGCUUUAUUACACACGUCAUCUUCGGGUGAAAGACGAAUUAGAGUACACACUGCUGCAGCAUCAGUGGUUUCUGAUUUAGGAGAGAUGUACCGCCAGGCAGAUACUGGUGCCAUUGUUUCUUUGCUUGGUAGAUUAGCGAUUGAAAAAUCUCUGAACUACAAACUAGAAGAGACUCGUAAUAGUCUUCAACUGAGAAUUGUCAAAGCCCUUAAAGAAUACCGUAAUCUCCACGCGGUGCAGCACCGUGUGGGAACCAGAAUGAUCUACCCAGAAUCAUUGAAAUACCUAUGCCUAUAUGGGUUGGCUCUUUGUAAGUCAACAGCACUUCGUGGUGGUUAUGCUGAUUCACAGCUUGAUGAGCGCUGUGCGGCUGGUUUCACCAUGAUGGCUUUGCCUGUUAAGAAGAUGUUAAAGCUUUUGUAUCCUAGCUUGUUACGUGUAGACGAGUACCUUGUGAAGUCAUCUAUGCAGACUGAUGACUUUGAGAAGGUUUGUAAAAGGUUGCCACUUGCUACAGAGAGCUUAGAUUCUAGAGGGGUUUUCGUAUACGAUGAUGGUUUCCGUUUAGUAGUGUGGUUCGGACAAAUGCUUUCCCCUGAUAUAUCCAGAAAUUUAGUUGGGGAGGAUCUUGCUACAGACUUUUCAAGGGCAAGUCUUGUUGAACUUGACAAUGAAAUGUCAAGAAAGCUGAUGCAGAUUCUAAAGAAACUUAGAGGGGCUGAUGCAUCAUAUUAUCCUUUAUGUCAUCUUGUGAGGCAAGGUGAACAGCCUCGGGAAGGUUUCUUCUUACUCUCGAAUCUGGUUGAGGAACAGGUUGGUGGUAUGGGUAGUUACGUUGACUGGAUACUUCAAAUACAUCGACAAGUCCAGCAAUGAUACACAAUAUGCAGCAGGUUGAGCUUAGAUUCUUUUUCUUCACUGCCUUUUCAGCUGAUGAAAAUAGAUUCAUUUGUGGUACAAUCACUGAUCUUUCAGAGUCUUUGUUUUGAUCGACCACGCUUUAAAGAGCAGUUUUUUACUGUGGGAUUUCGAGCUAAAGUGGUUAGGAAAAGACAUAAUUUUCCCCAUUGUGAUUCAUUGUUUAGAACUACCAUGGAAGAUAAAACCGGGUGUUGCUUUGGGAGCAUAUUAAAGUUUUAGGGACUGGUGCAUAUCUUUUUGUGGCAAUCAUUAAUCAUAGUCGUGAUUUCAUUUUUGUCGGUUUUACCCCUUAUAGAUUUUUUGUAGUUGGAUUUGUUUUAGAUGCCUUUUUAAGGUGGUGUACACAUCAAUGUGUAUUUGGGUUGUAUCCUCUUGUUUUUAUUCUUACGAAUGAUUUUUGUAAGGUUAAUCUAUACAGGGAAUGAAUGUUUCACUUGAGUUUAUGGAGAAACAAAAA